UCGGCGGAUUCAUCAGGUGGAGGCAGCAGUGCGGUGUUUGAGCGGCACACUUUCUUUGCUGUGCGUUUACAUUUUUGUUUGUUGCUGGGAGUCAAAGGUAAAAAGCACUCGAGGAUAUCGGAAACAUGGAAAGAAAAAGUGCACCUGUGAAAAACCUCCUCAAUAAAGCCCAGAUAAGCCGUGGACUUGGCACAAACCAUUCGACAGAUGUACGUAACACAAGGGAUGGACAUGUGCUUCUGACAAAAGUGCACCGCAGUAGGCACAAGCACCUGUAUGAUGUCAACCAUCAAAUCAGGGCCAAACCUGAUUUAAACACAACACUACCAGUUCGACAGACUGCUUCCAUCUUCAAACAACCAGUGACCAAGGUAACAAAUCAUCCAAACAACAAGGUGAAGACGGAUCCUCAGAAGGCUGUGGACCAACCAAAACAGUUAUUCUGGGAGAGAAAGCUGAGUGGCUUAAGUGCAUUUGAUAUUGCAGAGGAGCUGGUGAAAACCAUGGAUCUUCCCAAAGGCUUACAGGGUGUUGGACCAGCGUCUUCGGACAAAACACUGCUUUCUGCCAUUGCCAGUGCCCUGCACACCAGCUCUGCUCCUGUCACUGGACAGCUUACCGCUGCAGUGGAGAAAAAUCCAGGAGUCUGGCUCAACACAGCACAACCUCUCUGCAAGGCCUUCAUGGUGACCGAUGAUGAUAUUAGGAAGCAGGAUGAUCUGGUGCAGAAUGUGAGGAGGCGGCUUGAGGAAGCCCUGAUGGCUGACAUGCUGGCUCAUCUAGAGGACACUGCUGCAGACUCGAUAGCCAACAAACUAGAGACGGUUGAGCAGGUGGACAAGGAUGACACAUAGCCAAGGUUUACUUGAUGUGAAGUUGGUUGGGAAACUGUAUUCCUCUUUUAUACAAAAGACUUUCAAACAGCCGGAACACGAAGGCCUUUGUUGACACUCCCAACUAAAAAUACAGUUUCUUUAAAAAAUGUUUUACAUUUGACAGUGUUGUUCUGAAUGGAUGUGUUGUUACUUUACUUUCAUCUUUUUCAUCUGUAAUGUUGUUGCUGAUGGUGUGAGCACAUGUUCAGAGCUAAACACAAACAUCAGAUGGUGCUUUGGAGAAAUAAAUCUACUAAAACGUCUUUUUUUUAAAUCUGACUCUGAUAGUGUAUGACAUUGUUUAGAUGCAGUGUGUUUAUUUGUACACAGUACUGUGGCUGUAAAUGGUCAUAACUGUUUGACUAAACGUUUAAUGGUUCUGUUAAUAAAGUACUGUAAUUUCACUUAAAACCUGAGUUCACAAGGG